AGCAAUAGAGAGAAGGGUAGCGGGCCGGAAACAACCGUUGCCGACCAGAAAACGGAUGCGGAAGUGAGUGGGUUCCGGAGCUGGGACAUGGAGUCCGGGCAGCAGCCGGUGUGGCGCAGCCUGGGGCUGCUUGGACGAGGCGCGGACACUCCCGGGCUGGGUCCGGGCAACUGUGAGAGGAGGCUGUUGUGGGCCGCUUCGUUGCUAUGCGUCUUGCUGGAUCUACAGUUGCCAGGUUUGUUGGCUGCCGGGCAAGCUGAGAUUGAUAACCAUCUGGAAAUGGGUCGGAAGCUACUAGCUGCUGGGCAGCUGGCUGAAGCCCUCUCACACUACCAUUCGGCAGUGGAAAUUGAUCCGAAAAAUUACCUUACCUAUUACAAACGGGCCACCAUUUACCUGGCUAUGGGCAAGUUUAAAUCCGCACUGCCAGAUCUCUCCAAAGCUAUUGAACUCAAGCCGGAUUUCCUGGUUGCCCGGCUUCAGCGAGGCAACAUCCUUCUGAAACAAGGGUACACCCAGGAGGCGAAACAAGACUUUGAAGCCGUGCUCAAGAGCAAUCCUGAUGAUGCAGAAGCCCAGAACCAGCUGUCAAGGGUCACGGAGCAAGAAUUUUCCAUGCAAGAAGCUCGGACUGCCUUUCAGAAAAAAAACUAUCUGGGAGCGGUCAGUUUUCUGGAUCGAGUAAUUGAGAUCUCCCCUUGGGAUCCAGAAGCCAAAGAGCUGCGCUCCGAGUGCUACCUCCAUCUGGGUGACUACAAUAAGGCAAUCAUGGACUUGAAACCCACCACCAAGCUGCGGAAUGACAACAGGGCUGCUUUCCUUAAGCUCAGCAAGCUCUAUUACAACUUGGGAGAACACGAGGAGUCCUUAACCCAAGUGCGGGAAUGCUUGAAGCUGGACCAGGAUGACAAGGACUGUUUUUCCCACUACAAGCAAGUGAAGAAGCUCGCCAAGCAGCUGGAAUCUGCUGAGGAGCAUGUCAAAGCUCAGAGGUACGCAGAUGCCAUUGAGAAGUAUAAAGCGACCAUGAAGACAGAGCCCAACGUAGAGAUCUACACCAUUAAGGCGAAAGGACGGAUCUGCCACUGCUUAUCCAAGAGCAAACGGAUUGUGGAAGCGAUAGAUCUCUGCAGCGAAGCUCAUCAGCUUGAUCCCAGAAAUAUAUUCAUCCUGCGUGACAGAGCAGAGGCCUUCAUCCUGAACGAGGAAUUUGAGAAAGCCAUUGAAGAUUAUCAAGAAGCAAAAGAGUUUGAUGGUGAAAAUGAGGAAUUAAAAGAGGGGCUAGAGAGGGUGCAGAAACUGCUGAAACAGUCCAAGAAGCGGAACUAUUACAAAAUCCUUGGAAUUCAGAGGAAUGCCAACAAGCAGGAGAUCAUCAAAGCGUACCGAAAGCUGGCUCAGCAGUGGCACCCCGACAAUUUCCAGUCUGAAGAUGAGAAAAAGGAAGCCGAGAAAAAAUUCAUCGACAUUGCAGCCGCUAAAGAGGUCCUGACAGAUCCAGAAAUGCGACAGAAAUUUGACUCUGGUGAGGAUCCUUUGGACCCUGAGAAUCAGCAAGGAGGGUCAGGACAUCAGCACCAGUGGGCGUCCGAAUUUAACCCCUUCGGCUCUGGGAACUUUCACUUUAAGUUUCACUUUAAUUAACCUGCCUGAAGAGGAAGGCAACACCUUGGCCAGUGAGUUGAUGCACAAAGAUGACAAAAACAACUCCUACGCAAUGGAGGGGGGGUUAGUUUCCCUAUUUAUAUUCAAGUAUCCCUUUCCAGAUGACCAGAUGUUUAUUGCUCAAGACCACCCAGGACCUCAAGGAAGAUGGUGACCUCCUGCUUCUAGUUGUGAUUCCCAAGAAACAGUGGCUGGGAGAGGGGAUUUACGAUGCAUGCAGAGCCUUAAACCCAUCUCUGAAUCCUGCCUUUCCUAGGGACUUUUAAAAAGUUAGGUCGAGCUUAAUUAUGCAGUCCAUCCGAGCAUCUCUCAAGUUCUCCUUUGCACCUGCAAGACCUGGGAAGCGAUUCCAGCCCAGCUAUUCACAACCCUUUGCCAAGGGAACAAUUCGUUUUUAAAUCCAAGAAAGGUGAAGGUGCCCUUUUCUUUUCUUUUCUUUUCUUUUCUUUUCUUUUCUUUUCUUUUCUUUCUUUUUGCUUUAAAGGAAAGCAUGUCACUUGAGCUCACCUUCCCGAGGAAAGCUUGGCCGAACAUGUUGACGUGUGAGUAAUGCCAUGCGUGGGAUGGUGUCAGUAACUGAUGCGGAUGGGGAAAAGAAUCCCAGCCGAGUCCUGCGAAGAAUUUUGUUAUUGCAUCAUCUCUUCCUUGGUAGGGAGGAGUUGGGGAAUAAACUUUUGGGCAAGGCUGUUCAACCUUCAAAAGGCAGGGAGAAAGCCCCUGUGUCAGACUAGAAAAGAAAAAAGGUUGGUUUUGUUGCUUUGAGCAUUUCUGGAUGGGAUUCUUUACUGGUGGAUUUUGGUGUUGCACCUUGACUGCUCCUUCUUUCAAGAUAUGUGGAAGGACAUACCCAAGGACAGUAUGGAUUUGGGGACAGAAGUUGAUACCUUUCACCACUCCAUGAAAUUCCCCUUUGUACCGGAAUUUAAUAUUUUUCAGGCAUAAUCCGUAGGCCGACAACUCUACCACUGAACGUGAACGUCCUCAUUUUCUACAGCCAGUUAAAAUUAAAUUCCUUCUCCUCCCCCUCCAUUUCUAUCUAGUACAGUCAUUACAUAAAACCUGGUCUGCUUCAGUUGUUAUCAGAGGCCAAGGAAAAAAGAUUAAGGAGAGGUAUUAAUUUCCGUCUUUACCGAAAGUGUCAAGAUUAAAAGUUUCUUACUGCCGAAA